CUUCAGCCGACCAUGCAACAUGCAACUGUUGCAAAUGAAACUGAGACAGAUAACAGAACCUGAUCAAAUUUUUUUUUGCUGAACGCAGCCAGUCACUGACAAGCUGAGUUCUGCUGCCAAAGUCAUAAGUCACACGUCAUUUUUAUUUUUUUUUAUCAGUCAAAAUUUCAUCCAUAACAACGAACAACCUUUAAAAACUUUUAACUUUGUACCAUUUGUACUUUGUACUCUUAAUCGAAUUAUUUGAAACAAAUCUCUUUUAUAAUAAUUCACUUAGCUUUAAGUUUUAAAAUAUAUUAGCAUGUUUUCCAAUUAUUCCAGAACUCUGGGAACCCAGAUCAGGAGGUUCCAAAGUACUUUGGUAAUAGCUGAACAUAACAAUGAGGUUCUUUCUCCAAUUACUCAAAAUGCUAUAACAGCAGCCAAGAAGCUAGGUGGUGAUAUAUCCGUUCUCGUAGCUGGUACAAAAUGUGGACCAGCUUCCUCAUCUUUGACAAAAGCUGGAGGUUUAUCAAAAGUACUAAUCGCCGAAAAUGAAGCCUUUAAAGGAUUUACUGCAGAAAGUUUAACCCCAUUAAUAAUUAAUGCUCAAAAACAGUUUGGAUUCACACAUAUUAUAGCUGGUGCUUCAGCUUUUGGAAAGGCACUGUUACCUAGAGUUGCAUCUAAACUAGAUGUUUCUCCAGUGUCAGAUGUUAUUUCCAUUAAAUCAGCAGACACAUUUGUCAGGAGUAUUUAUGCAGGUAAUGCUAUGCAAACCUUAGUGGUUAAGGAUGGUAUUAAGAUUUUGACUGUAAGGGGCACUAGUUUUGAACCAGCUUCUCUUGAUGGAGGUUCAGCAACUACAGAAAAUAUUUCAGCUGAUGGUUGUGCCACUGAUAUGACAACAUUUGUCAGCCAAGAACUUAGCAAGUCUGACAGACCAGAACUCAGUGGUGCGAAAGCUGUUGUUAGUGGGGGUCGUGGCUUAAAGUCAGGGGACAACUUUAAACUCUUGUAUGAUCUUGCUGAUAAAUUGAAAGCUGCUGUAGGAGCUUCCCGUGCUGCUGUAGAUGCUGGAUAUGUUCCAAAUGAUAUGCAAAUUGGACAAACAGGAAAAAUUGUUGCACCAGAUCUAUACAUUGCAGUAGGUAUCUCUGGAGCCAUUCAACAUUUGGCUGGUAUGAAAGACAGCAAAACCAUUGUGGCCAUCAAUAAGGACCCCGAAGCUCCCAUCUUCCAAGUAGCUGAUUAUGGACUUGUAGCUGACUUGUUCAAAGCUGUUCCAGAACUAACGCAAAAAUUGUAAUUUUGAAUAAUAUGAGAGAGUCUGUUGUAAUGUUUUUUAAAAUGUUUUUGUAACACCUUUUUGAAUAAAUAAAGUAUAUUUUGUUAAGUACUUGGUAGUUAAUAUAUUGUUUAUUGAAAGUUA